AUGGAGCGACUUCAGCAGAUGGAAGAUGACUCCCUCUAUAAUUUGGGUCAGGCUAUCGGCCACCCUUUCCCUCCUCCCCUGCCUGAAAAGUGUGCUGCCGAUCCAUCAGACCUAUAUCAAGUGGUACAAAGACAUAGUCACUACCCACCCAUCAUUCAGACCAAUACAUGCUGUGUGGCUGUUCCGUUUAAAGAACAACGGCACCACCGCACUCCCUGCGAGUCUAUCGGAAACAACUACAGCCCCAAGGCGCAGGACUUGAAGAUAGACAACCUCAGCAGGCAACAUCCAUCAUGCAAGUCCUUGGCAACGGCAACUGGAUCAAAGAGAGCGAGGCCACCGCGCAGCCCACCUACCCCCCCUCAGCCAAAAUCCAAGAGAAGAAAGUCAUUAAUAUACAGAAGCCCGCCAAUGAGUCCUACUGAGCAGCUUGUCAUCAUGUACAAGCAGGAGGAAACUCAGAAUGCUCAGAAUGAAUACAGUGAAAGUGACCUGGAAAGGUAUACAUACUACGUCAAAAGAGGUGUCCCCUUUUACAUGUUGGCCCCCUACCCAAAGCAAUCGAUGGUCAACAUUAAGAAUAUGCUGCCUCCUGAGCCAGAGGAGGGUGUGAAAAAACCCAUCCGAACCCUGAGGAAAAACUUGACAGAGGAGGUCGAAGACGGUUAUUACUUCAACCUCAGGAAGAGCAUAGUGGAUUACAUUCUAAUGGACCCAUCUGAGGGCCAGCGACUGACAAUAAACAACAUUCCAAAGCCUUUUCCCAGGAGGGUGAUUCGUCCUCCGGUUCCCUGGGCUGUUAGCUACAGGGACGCCAAAUUGUGGCAAAUGCAACAUCUUUUUAAUGUGUGUCCUUUUAUGGGCCUCUUACAGCAAAUCUGGAUAGAACGCUAUUCAUCCUUGAGAUUUGUGAAAAUGGCAGACCUGUUCUCCACCACCUUCCCUCUUUCGCCAGCUGAGUUUGUUGUCUUUAUCCAGAAACAGUGCGAAGCCACCAGACGGGAACUGGAUGAAGGGUGGCUGCCUUAUUGUGUAUCACUUUUUGUUAUGCAUGAGAGCAUGUGGGUGGACCUUUUACCUGAGAGUGAGCCAGUCCUUGUUGCCGAGUUCUUCCACUGCGUGGCUGCACUCAUGUCACUGCAACUUCGAAGCCUGGUCAUAGACUCCUUACAGGAUCUGCUACAAUUUUUCUUGAGACACAAGGAGGGGAAUGACUUCAGUGGAGAUUUUGAUGUGCUGAUAUUUGUUCAUUCUCAAAUUUUGCUGGUUAAACUACAAGUGGAAAAUUCUGAGAUUGAGUUUUCUCCCAGCUUCCAGGAAUGUUGGGACGUCAUUCGGCGAGCCUUUAUGCAAAUAAUCAAAAGUGCACAGGAUCUAUUAACACUGGAAUGUAAGCUGUUUGCUGAUAUUGACAGCCAGUAUCUACGCACUGUCCGACCUAAUGAGUCAUUGGUCAAAGACAUACUUGCCCAAGUCAAAGCAGCUUUCGAGAAGAACACAGUUGGUCCACAAAGGUAUCUGGAUUUAUAUGAAAAAUACAGGAAUCUCCUUGACAAUACAUCAGAUGAGAAAAUUUCUGAAUUUCUCACAAAGACACACUCUUUACAAGAUUCUGCCAAUAAAAUUGACAGCAUCAUGCAUAUAUGGAUGGAUAUAGCUUCACUCCGCAUCGCAGUGCCACUGUCCAUGUUCUGCCUGAAUGCCAGGGACCUGAAUGAUUACCUGUGUGACUGCGCAAACAAACUGAUUGCCAGGAUUGUCACGUUUGAAAUGGAUGAGAACCGGAGGCUCAACAUAGACAUCUGCAAAAAGUAUGAGGAGAUUACAAACAUUGCUAAAACUAGCCCUAAGAAUACAGAGGAGUUAGUGACCCUCAUCCAGUACGUCCAGACUAGCCAGGAUUACACCAUUCACAAAAUAAUAGAGGAGAUUGAAGAUGCAUGUGACCGUCUCAGCUUCCUCAUGGACUAUGCUACUCAGUCAGCUUUUGACUUGAAUCUGAACACCUGUGUGUUCUGCUGGCCCCGUCGGAUUGUGUCAAAACUAGAAAAUAGCAGAUUACAUCUGCAAAUCCUGAGAGAACAGGCAGAAGAACAUCUCCAAGAGAGAGUCUUUGAAUUUGAUACGAGGCUGCAGGAGUUGAACAAGGGGAUCCUGGCUUUUAGGAAAAAGGAGAUGAUGAACAUGGAAGAAAUGCAGCAGAAUGUGGCUACUCUCGCUCAGAUCACAGCCAACCUGGAGGCAGCUGUCACUGACCUGGAGGACAUCAAUAAGGAGCAGUCUUUGCUUGAGAGGGACCAGAGUGAAUUUCCAUUGCUCCAAAUACUUAUAGCAGAUAAACAACCUUACGAACUGCUAUGGAACACAGCCUUCAGCUUCGAGAGCAAGUCAGAAAUGUGGCUGCAUGGUCCUUUCCAGGGCUUGGACGCCGAGAAAAUCUCUGAUGAUCUUGACAUCAUGUGGAGGACAAUGCAUAAGCUGAUAAAGGCAUUUUCUAGUUUUCAUGGGCCUUCUUCUGUUGCCAAUACCUUCAAAAACAGGAUAGACCGCUUCAAGCAGCACGUGCCUGUCAUGAUGACCAUCUGUAACCCCGGUCUUAAGAGUCGCCACUGGGAGAAGAUUAGCAGCAUAUUGGGCUUCGAAGUCAAUCCUGAGGAGAACAACACACUGUUGAGCAUGCUGGACCUCGGGCUUUCCCAAUUUUCCAAAGACUUGGAGGAGAUAGGAGCAACAGCCAGUAAAGAGUACUCUCUGGAGAAAUCAAUGGACAAGAUGAAAAAUGAAUGGGCUAACCUGCAUUUCUCAUUCUCUGCGUACAGAGAUUCUGAUACUAAAAUUGUGUCAGCUGUAGAUGAUAUCCAAGUCCUCCUUGAUGACCACAUCAUUAAGACACAAACCAUGCGAGGCUCACCAUUUAUUAAGCCAAUAGAAGCUGAAUGUAAGGCAUGGGAGGACAAGCUACUAAGUAUGCAGGACAUUCUGGAUGCCAUGUUGAAAUGUCAGAUCACGUGGCUCUAUCUGGAACCCAUCUUCAGCUCGGAGGACAUCAUCGCCCAAAUGCCCGAGGAAGGCCGCAAAUUUGCUAUUGUGGACAGAUACUGGAAGGACAUACUUGCUGAAGCUAUUAAAGAUACACAUGUGCUAGUGGCAACAGGCCAGCCCAACAUGCUGGGGCGACUGCAGCAGUCCAAUGACUAUCUGGAGGAUAUUCAGAAAGGCCUCAAUGCUUACUUGGAAAUGAAGAGGCUGUUUUUCCCAAGAUUCUUCUUUCUCUCAAACGAUGAGCUGCUAGAAAUUCUGUCACAAACCAAAGAUCCUUUGCGUGUACAACCCCACUUGAAGAAGUGCUUUGAGGGCAUAGCAAAACUAGAGUUUACUAAGGAACUGGUGAUUACUGGCAUGAUCAGCUCUGAGAAGGAAACCGUGCCCUUCACAAACAAUAUUUAUCCAGCCCACGCAAAGGGUAUGGUGGAGAAGUGGCUGCUGGAGGUGGAGAGUCUUAUGCUAAAGAGCAUUCGACAUGUCAUCUAUCAAGGAAUGAUUCAGUAUGCAGAGAUGCCCCGUAAGAAGUGGGUUUUGAGUUGGCCUGGCCAAGUUGUCAUCUGUGCCUCGUCCAUCUUUUGGACCAGCGAAGUAUGCGAGGCCAUCCAAGCUAAUAGUCUGCUGGCGUAUGUGGAGAAGUGCAAUAGUCAGAUUUCUGACAUUGUGGAGCUAGUGCGAGGAAAGCUGCCAGGAGGAGCUCGAAUGACCCUCGGUGCUCUGACUGUCAUUGACGUUCAUGCUCGGGAUGUUGUCGCUAAACUGGCAGAAGAUCGUAUAUCCUCCUUGAAUGACUUUUCGUGGAUUUCUCAACUGCGCUACUUCUGGGAAGAAGAUGAAGUGAUGCUGCGCAUGAUUACCACCUGCCUGAAAUACGGCUAUGAAUAUUUGGGGAACUCCCCUCGUCUGGUCAUCACGCCUCUAACUGAUCGCUGUUACAGGACACUUAUGGGUGCUUUGAAGCUGAAUUUAGGUGGAGCUCCUGAAGGUCCUGCAGGAACCGGCAAGACUGAAACUACGAAGGAUCUUGCAAAAGCUUUGGCCAAACAGUGUGUGGUGUUCAACUGCUCUGAUGGUCUAGACUAUAAAGCGAUGAGUAAAUUCUUCAAAGGACUCGCUCAGUCUGGAGCCUGGGCCUGCUUUGACGAAUUUAAUCGUAUUGAGGUGGAGGUCCUGUCUGUGGUGGCCCAGCAGGUGCUCUGCAUACAGCAGGCUAUUGCUAAGCAUCUGAAGAGGUUCCUGUUUGAGGGAACAGAGUUGUCCCUCAAUCCAACCUGCUCUGUCUUCAUUACCAUGAAUCCUGGUUAUGCAGGCAGGGCUGAGCUCCCUGACAACCUAAAGGCUCUUUUUCGUACAGUUGCUAUGAUGGUGCCAGACUAUGCUCUCAUUGGAGAGAUCUCACUGUACUCAAUGGGGUUCAUUGAUUCUCGCAGUCUUGCACAGAAAAUUGUGGCCACCUAUCGGCUGUGCUCUGAGCAGCUUUCUUCCCAGUACCACUACGACUACGGUAUGCGAGCUGUGAAGUCUGUCUUGACUGCGGCGGGAAAUCUAAAGCUGAAAUAUCCAGAAGAGAAUGAGAGUGUGCUUUUACUUAGGGCGCUGAUGGAUGUCAACAUGGCUAAAUUUUUGGCACAGGAUGUGCCGCUGUUUCAGGGUAUCAUCUCAGAUUUGUUUCCUGGAGUUGUCCUCCCAAAACCAGAUUACGAUCUCCUUUUCAAGGCACUUGAUGACAAUGUCGCAAAGCUUAACCUCCAGUCUGUGCCUUGGUUCAUUAGCAAAAUCAUCCAGAUUUAUGAGAUGAUGUUGGUACGCCAUGGCUUUAUGAUAGUGGGAGAGCCUCUUGGAGGGAAGACCUCUGCUUAUAAAGUUCUUGCUGGUGCCCUUGGAGACCUCUGUGAAGCCGAGGAGAUGGAGGAGUUUGCAGUAAGCUACUGCAUUAUCAACCCCAAAGCUAUCACAAUGGGUCAACUAUAUGGUUGCUUUGAUCCAGUCAGCCAUGAGUGGUCUGAUGGGGUCCUGGCCACCACCUUCAGGAAUCAGUCAAUUUGCCCCUUAGAAGAUCGUCAAUGGAUCGUCUUUGACGGUCCAAUUGAUGCGGUCUGGAUUGAGAACAUGAAUACUGUGCUGGAUGACAACAAGAAGCUUUGUUUGAUGAGCGGUGAGAUCAUUCAGAUGAGUGCCAAGAUGAGUCUAAUCUUUGAGCCUGCAGACCUGGAGCAAGCUUCUCCAGCAACUGUCAGUCGGUGUGGUAUGAUCUAUAUGGAGCCUCAGCAGCUUGGAUGGACUCCCCUACGAGAUUCCUACUUAAACACAUUGCCUAAAAGCCUGGAGGAUGAACACAUAGUGCUGAUCACAGAUCUGUUUGACUGGUUAGUUCAGCCAUGUUUGGACUUUUUGGAAAAGGAGUGUUUCUUUAUGGUGCAGACAUCUCCAAUUCACUUGGCCUACAGUUUAAUGAAGCUGUACACUUGUCUGAUGGAUGAGAUAAUUGCGUUAGAAACCGACAGUGCACACACCAUGACCAGUGAGCAGAUAACCAUGUGGCUGCAGGGGCUGUUCCUUUUUGCCCUUGUUUGGUCUGUGGGAGGUACCAUCACUGGAGACAGUCGUAAGAAGUUUGACAUCUUCUUUCGCAAUAUGCUGUUGGGCAUUGAUGAUGAGCAUCCUCGUCCCAAAAGCAUCAAACUUAAAAAGCACAACAGCUUCCCGGAGAGAGGAACUGUCUAUGACUACUACUUCCACAAGGAUGGAUAUGGACAGUGGAACGCCUGGACUGAUGCAAUCACUAAAGAAGAGAAUAUCAUCCCAGCUGGAAUCAAAGUGUCAGACCUGAUCAUCCCUACAGUAGAGACGGCACGUCAGACAUUUUUCCUGCACACUUACCUGUCACAUGAAAUCCCCAUGCUGUUUGUGGGUCCCACGGGCACUGGCAAAUCUGCCAUCAACAAAAGCUUUCUAGUGAAGUUACCAAAGGAGAAGUACACACCCAACUGCAUAAACUUCUCAGCCAGGACCUCAGCUAACCAGACCCAGGACAUCAUCAUGGCAAAGCUGGACAGACGGCGGAAGGGAAUGUUUGGACCUCCCAUGGGAAAGAAGUCUAUAGUUUUUGUUGAUGACCUAAAUAUGCCAGCUAAGGAAAAGUAUGGUGCUCAGCCUCCCAUUGAGCUUUUGAGACAAUGGAUUGAUCACCACCACUGGUAUGACAAAAAGGACACCUCCAUUCUGCACAUAGUGGAUGUGCUGUUCAUGUCUGCAAUGGGGCCUCCUGGUGGUGGAAAGAGCGACAUUACAGGACGUUUUACUCGACACAUGAAUAUCAUCUCAAUUGAUUGCUUUGAUGAUGAAACGCUGAUGAAGAUAUUCUGUUCCAUUUCUGACUGGCACUUCAACAAGGGGUUUGAUGCAUCUUUCCUCAGACUUGGCAAGCUCAUGGUUCAGGCCACCAUGAACCUCUAUAAAGCCACUAUUGACAGCUUUCUCCCAACCCCAUCAAAGUCCCAUUACAUUUUCAACCUGCGAGACUUCUCCAGGGUCAUACGAGGUGUGCUUCUGGCACCACCCACACACAUGCAGGAUGGAGAUAAACUUAUCCGGUUGUGGGUUCAUGAAGUCUACCGUGUGUUCUAUGACCGACUUAUUGACAAUGCAGACAAGGAGAUGUUUUUUGAAAUUGUCAAAGAGAAAACCUCUAACGUCUUUAAGAUAAAUUUGGACAAACUCCUAGACCAUCUAAGCACAGAUGGCACUGUGGUAGAUGAAGACAUCCGUAGUUUGUUUUUUGGUGACUAUGCCAAGCCUGAUUCAGACACUAGGGACUAUGAUGAAAUCACAGAUUUGCAAGCUUUGCAAGAAGUGAUGGAAUUAUAUCUUGAAGAGUACAACAGCAGCAGCAAGGCACCCAUGUCCCUUGUGAUGUUUAAGUUUGCUAUUGAGCACAUUUCCCGCAUUUGUCGUGUUCUGAAACAAGACAAUGGUCACCUUCUGCUUGUUGGCAUCGGUGGCUCUGGUCGCCAAAGCACGUCUAAACUGGCCACGUUCAUCAAUGAUUAUGUGCUGUUUCAGAUUGAGUUGACCAAAAACUACAGCAUGACGGACUGGCGCGAUGAUCUCAAACAGAUAAUGCUCAAAGCAGGCAUUGAAGGAAAGAGUCUUGUCUUUCUGUUCAAUGACAGCCAAAUUAAAGAUGAAGCCAUGCUAGAAGACGUCGAUAUGUUACUUAAUACUGGCGACGUGCCAAACAUUUUUGCAGCUGAUGAACGUGCAGAAAUUAUUGAUAAAGCACAGGGUAUUGCGCGGAUGGAAGGGAAAAAACUUGAUUCAACUCCAUUGUCAGUGUACAACUACUUCAUUGACCGAGUAAAGGCCAACCUUCACAUUGUGCUAGCCAUGAGUCCCAUUGGAGAUGCCUUUAGGAACCGUCUAAGGAUGUUUCCUUCUCUCAUCAACUGCUGCACUAUUGACUGGUUUCAUGGAUGGCCGAGUGAUGCUCUGGAAAUGGUAGCCCACAAGUUCCUUGAGGAUGUGGAAAUGGAAAGUGACAUCAGACAGAAGGUUGUAGAGAUGUGCAAGACCUUCCAGACAAGUGUCAGGGAGAUGUCUGAGGUUUAUUUCUCCAGAUUAAGAAGACACAACUAUGUCACUCCCACAUCCUAUCUUGAACUUAUUCUUACCUUCAAGAAAUUGCUGGGGAUUAAGAGGGAUGAGGUGAACAUUGCAAGAAACCGCUAUCUUGUUGGUCUUGAGAAGUUGGAAUUUGCUGCAUCUCAGGUUUCAGUGAUGCAGCAAGAGUUGACAGCUUUGCAGCCAGAGCUCAUUCAGACUUCAGCUGAGACGGACAAGAUGAUGAUCAAGAUAGAAAGUGAAACAGUAGAAGUUGAUGCUAAAAAAGAAAUUGUUUCUGCUGAUGAGAGAGUGGCUAAUGAAGCAGCAGCUGCAGCUCAAGCUAUCAAGGAUGAAUGUGAGGGAGAUCUAGCAGUGGCAAUGCCUGCACUGGAGGCUGCCCUUUCAGCCCUGGAUACUUUGAAACCUGCUGACAUUACAGUUGUAAAGUCCAUGUCGAAUCCACCAGGGCCAAUAAAACUGGUAAUGGAGUCCAUAUGUGUUAUGAUGGGCAUCAAACCUGAACGAAAACCUGAUCCUAGUGGCUCAGGUAAGAUGAUUGAGGAUUACUGGGGUCCAUCCAAGAAGCUUCUUUCAGACCUAAAGUUUUUGGAUAACCUGAAAUCAUACGACAAGGACAAUAUCUCUCCUCUAUACAUCAAAAAAAUCAGAGAAAAAUUCAUUGAGCACUCUGACUUCCAGCCUUCUGUAAUCAAAAAUGUCUCCUCAGCUUGUGAGGGUCUCUGUAAAUGGGUACGAGCAAUGGAGGUCUAUGAGCGUGUAAUCAAAGUGGUAGCCCCCAAAAGGGAGAGGCUGAAGCUAGCUGAGAAUGAACUAGCUAUACAGAUGGACAUGCUGGCUGUGAAAAGGGCUGAACUGAAAAAAGUUGAGGAUCGAUUACAGAGCCUCAAUGAUGAUUUGGAUGCAAUGAUUCACAAAAAGAAAGAUUUGGAAGACAACAUUGAAUUGUGCUCUCAAAAGCUCAUUAGGGCAGAGAAACUGAUUGGAGGGCUGGGUGGGGAGAAGGAUCGGUGGACGGAGGCUGCAAGACAACUGGGUAUAAGAUACACCAGUCUAACAGGUGACAUUCUGCUCUCUUCUGGAACUGUUUCCUACCUUGGGGCUUUUACAGUGGAUUACCGCAAAGACUGUCAGGAACAAUGGCACAAACUGUGUCAAGAAAAGAAAAUCCCUUGCUCUGAAGAUUUUGCCCUCACCAGCACUUUAGGUAACCAGGUGGCUAUUAGGGCUUGGCAGAUUGCGGGACUGCCUGUGGACUCUUUCUCCACAGACAAUGGUAUUAUCGUGUUCAACUCUCGCCGCUGGCCCUUGAUGAUUGAUCCUCAGGGUCAGGCCAACAAGUGGGUCAAAAACAUGGAGAAGGCUAAUAAUCUUGCAGUCAUCAAGCAAUCAGAUGGAAACUAUGUGAGAAUCUUGGAGAACUGCAUCCAGUUUGGGAAGCCAGUCCUCAUGGAACACCUUGGAGAGGAGUUGGAUCCAGUUUUAGAAUCUGUGUUGCUGAAGCAGACCUUCAGACAACAAGGGGUGGAGUACAUGAAAAUUGGAGAAAAUGUUGUGGAAUAUUCCAAAGAAUUUUUGUUCUACAUGACCACUGGGCUGAGAAACCCUCAUUAUCUUCCAGAGGUAGCUGUAAAAGUCUGCCUGCUGAACUUCAUGAUCACUCCACAGGGUUUACAAGACCAGCUUUUAGGACUUGUGGCAGCAAAGGAGAAACCAGAGCUGGAGGAAAAAAAGAACCAGCUUAUUUUAGAGAGUGCUGCUAACAACAAACAGCUAAAAGAAAUUGAAGAUCAGAUCUUGGAAGUCCUCUCCUCUUCCAAGGGCAACAUUCUGGAAGAUGAGACAGCCAUCAAGAUUCUCUCGUCCUCCAAAAUACUUUCUGAGGAGAUUUCUGAGAAGCAAAAAGUCGCCAGCAUCACUGAGAAAGAAAUUGACAACACCCGCAUGGGCUACCGUCCUGUAGCUGAGCACUCUUCCAUUCUGUUUUUCUGCAUUUCAGAAAUGGCCAACAUCGAACCCAUGUACCAAUACUCUCUGAUAUGGUUCAUUAAUCUGUACCAGUAUUCCAUAUCCAAGAGUACAAAAAGUGAUGUUGUAUCUGAAAGGAUAAACAAUAUUAUUGAGCACUUCACCCUCUGCAUCUACAACAACGUGUGCCGCUCACUUUUUGAAAAGGACAAGUUGCUUUUCUCCCUGCUGCUUACAGUAGGCAUCCUGCAAGGCAAGGGCCAGGUUAAUGAUGAAGUGUGGCGUUUCCUCCUAACCGGUGGUGUUGCCUUGGAUAACCCUUAUCCUAACCCUGCCUCUGAGUGGCUGUCCGACAAAUCUUGGUCAGAGAUCGUCAGGGCCUCCAAGCUUCCAAACCUAGAUGAGUUUUUCAUUCAUGUCAGAGAAAGCAUCUCCAAAUGGAAGGAUCUUUAUGAUUCAGCAAAACCCCAUGAUGAACAGCUGCCUGACCACUGGGAUAGCUUAAUGGGACUAGAACGAAUGGUUGUAAUCAGGUGCUUCAGACCAGAUAAACUGGUUCCGGCUGUGCAGGAUUUCAUAGAGCUGAAUAUGGGGCAAGCCUACAUCGAACCACCCACCUUUGACUUGGCAGGGAGUUACAAUGACUCAAACUGCUGCUCUCCUCUCAUUUUUGUGUUGUCACCUGGAUCAGAUCCCACUGCAGUACUGUUGAAGUUUGCCGAUGACCUGGAUAUGGGAGGUAGCAAGCUCCAGACCAUUUCUCUUGGACAAGGACAAGGUCCCAUUGCAGCUAAAAUGAUUGACAAAGCCAUAGCGGACGGCACUUGGGUGGUACUGCAAAACUGCCAUCUGGCCACCAGUUGGAUGCCCUCUUUGGAGAGGAUUUGUGAAGAAACCAUCAUUCCAGAUAACACACACCCAAGCUUUAGGCUGUGGCUAACCAGCUAUCCAUCAGACAAGUUCCCAGUUAGUAUCUUGCAAAAUGGAUUGAAGAUGACUAAUGAGCCUCCUAAAGGAAUUAGAGCCAACUUGCUGCGCUCCUACCUUAGUGACCCCAUCUCGGACCCAGAUUUCUUUUACAGCUCCAAAAAACAGGCCAUUUGGCAGAAGCUCUUGUUCGGUCUCACUUUUUUCCAUGCUCUGGUUCAGGAGAGGAGAAACUUCGGCCCCCUUGGAUGGAAUAUUCCCUAUGAGUUUAACGAGUCAGAUCUGCGAAUCAGCGUCAGGCAGAUCCAGAUGUUCUUGGAUGAAUACGUGGAUGUUCCGCUGGAGGCGCUCACAUAUCUCACAGGUGAGUGUAACUAUGGAGGCAGGGUGACCGAUGACAAAGACAGACGUCUGCUGCUGUCCCUCCUGUCCACCUUCUACAGUUGGGAACUGCUUGAGCAGGACUGCUACUAUCUGAGUGAAGGGAUUGAGUAUUUUGUCCCACUUCAUGGACCCUAUCAGACAUAUGUAAACUACAUCCGUAGUCUGCCAAUUUGUACCGAUCCAAGCGUGUUUGGACUUCAUAGCAAUGCAGACAUUACUAAAGACAAUCAAGAAACGAAUCAGCUCCUGGAUGGAAUACUGCUGACCUUGCCUAGGCAGUCUGGCGGAGGGGGCAAGUCACCACAGGAAGUAGUCGAGGAACUUUCAGAGGAUAUUUUGACAAAACUACCACAAGACUUUGACAUCCAAUUGGUGAUGGAAUUAUAUCCAGUUGUUUAUGAAGAGUCGAUGAACACUGUGUUGAGGCAAGAGAUUAUCCGCUUUAACAGACUCACGGAGGUGGUGCGUGAAAGUUUGAUAAACAUUUGCAAAGCUCUCAAGGGCCAAAUUGUUAUGUCCUCUGAGCUUGAGGAUGUCUUUAACAGCAUGCUGGUUGGCAAAGUACCAGGAAUGUGGGCAGCCAAGUCAUAUCCCUCCCUUAAACCACUAGGGAGUUAUGUGGCUGAUCUACUGAGCAGACUACAGUUCCUCCAAGACUGGAUAAAUGAGGGCCCACCUACGGUUUUUUGGAUCUCUGGUUUUUAUUUUACCCAGUCGUUUCUAACUGGAGUGUCUCAGAACUUUGCCAGGAAGUACACCAUCCCAAUCGACUAUAUUGGUUUUGAAUUUGAGGUGACCAAGGAGGAGACCCAUAUGGAAGAAAAGCCCGAAGACGGCGCGUACAUUAAGGGUCUCUUCAUGGAAGGAGCGCGCUGGGACAGGGAGAACAUGGUCAUUGGGGAGUCUCUACCUAAGAUUCUCUUUGACUGUUUGCCCAUCAUCAAGCUCAAACCAGGAGAAAUGGACAAAUUUCUCCACGAAAAGAUCUAUGUCUGCCCUGUUUACAAAACUAGCGCCCGUCGAGGUACGCUGUCGACCACUGGGCACUCCACCAACUACGUCCUGUCCAUCGAGCUGCCCUCUGACAAGCCACAGAAACACUGGAUUAACCGUGGGGUGGCGUGUCUCUGCCAGCUUGACGACUAACAAUCAGCCAGUUUUUAAACUGCUGCUGAUCUUGUCAGCUGUUACACAAGACAAUGAAAUACAUGU